AUGGCCUCACCCUCGUCCAGCCCGCUCACGCUGGGCUAUCGCUUCGCGGCCAAGGGCCUCGACCCCGCGCGCGCGUCGCCCGCCAUACCCGUCGUCGCUGUCCUGCUCUACGUCCUCUACUGCGCGCUGGCCUACGUCGUGACCUUUGACGUACUCUUGGUCCGGCUCCGGACGCUUCUCGCCUUCGGCGCCGCUCUCGAUGCAGUGGCAGUCGCGGCCAAAAUCGGCUACGUCUUUGUGGGCAUGCCGAUGCUGUACCGCCACAUCACGCAGGCCGAAGAGGGCACCGACCACGCGCCGGCGCUCGACGCGUGCCUGCUUCUUCUAGCCCCGUGGGCGCUCCCGCUCACCUUUCUCUACGCAGCGACGAUGCCGCUCCAGUCGCUCUAUGGCCUCUGCAAGCCGCCGCCGCCGGUUCUUGAGAAGCCAUCGAUCGAGUACCAAGCAAUGACCGAGUGCAAGGUCUGCCUCGAGUUCUACACGGCCGAGAAGCUGGCUGCGUACUGCGAUACGUGCACGACGCCGUGCUGCAUCGCGUGCUUCAACAACUACCUCGAGCACCGGCUGACGUCCAACGAGACGCUGUGCUGCCCGGGCUGCAAGAACCACCUCUCACCAAACCUCCUCGCCUCCAACGCUAUCUCCUUCGACACACGCGAGGCGUGCGCCGCCCACUGCCUCACGCAGGACGAGCAACGCAUUUGUCCUCGCUGUCACCAGUUGGCGCGCAAAGGAAGCCUCCGGAAGCGCCGGGUCAUUUGCGACGCGUGCAAGACCACGUCGUGCGCCGACUGCGGCAAGGACUACCACCUACUGCCGACCUGCCGCGACAAAGCCUUCGAGCGCUACUGCCGCGAGACCGGCCCGGCUCGUGCAAAAGGCUGA